GUGACGUCCACGCGCUUAUAUGCGCUGCCCUUUAUUUCCCAUUCAAACGCGACUUUAAAUGCACAAGAUGCCACCAGCACGACGUGAACAGACGGCCGCGAUUCUCCAAAACGUUCCGCGCGCUCAGCCUUCGUGACGGAACAGUCCGUUCCAAAACGAUUACAAAGGCGCGUGCCAAGAGCUCCUGCGCGCGCCGGGCCGGCUACGCAACAGACACACAGACACUUCUUCCAGCAUCAUCAGCUGUGCGUGCGGUAGGCGGACCCGGAGCACUCUUCACAUCCCACUUCGGAGAAGAUUACUAGGAUAAUUUACCGGGGAAACACAUGACAGUGAGGCUGGGGAGAGGGAAGGCGCUGGGACGUGUCGCUGGACAGAAGAGGUGGCGAGAAAAGAAGGUCGAGACAGAGCCGAGCUGCGAGCGGAGACGAAAGCUGCGUGGAGAUAUUUGGAGUUCGAAGAGGGCACUGCUACUUCCCUGAUCCCAGGAGGAAAAUCAAAACAUUGGCUUCAAAGCUCUUACCACUGUCAGGCAUUCACUCAUUUCAAAGGACAGAAUAUUAUUUACCUGAGGAGACAUGAGUGAGGACAAACCAGCUGAGACCGUGGAAAAUUCCUCAGCAGAGGUGAACGCUAUUCCAAACGGGAAAGGCCAUGAACCUGGAGAGGAGAUCGCAACAUCUGCAAAAACACCUUCUGCAGAAGACUGUGAAAAUGCUUGUAGAGAAACUGUAGCCAAUAGCACCCAGAAUGCUAGUCCUCACAGAACUGAAAACACAGAAGCCAGCCUCCCGGAGAGCCAGGAGUUCUUAUCAGGCGCCGAGGAUAAGAAAACAACGCGCUUCACGGAUUUUGAAGGGAAAACCUCCUUUGGGAUGUCCGUCUUCAACCUGGGCAAUGCAAUCAUGGGAAGUGGAAUUUUAGGACUUGCAUACGCCAUGGCCAACACAGGGGUCGUCCUGUUUCUGUUGCUCCUCACAGUGGUCGCAGUUCUUUCGUCAUAUUCAAUCCACUUACUGCUGAAGUCGUCUGGUAUUGUAGGUAUUCGUGCGUAUGAGCAGCUCGGCUACAGGGCCUUCGGGACUCCGGGGAAGAUGGCUGCAGGUAUCGCCAUCACGCUCCAGAACAUUGGAGCAAUGUCCAGUUACCUUUACAUAGUCAAGUAUGAGUUCCCUUUGGUAAUCCAGGCAUUUCUGAAGGUGGACGUGCCUGCAGGUGAAUGGUACCUGAACGGAAACUAUCUGGUCAUCAUCGUCUCUGUGGCAGUGAUAUUACCGCUGGCUCUGAUGAAACAGCUGGGAUACCUGGGAUACACCAGUGGAUUUUCACUGAGCUGCAUGGUGUUCUUCCUCGUUUCUGUCAUCUACAAGAAGUUCAACCUCCCUUGUCCGUUUGUGGACUUCGCUCAUAACAGCACUGUGAGCGUGCUGAAUGUCACCGUCAACGACCCCGGUGGGGAGGACAACCCGGCCUGCAUUCCCAAGAUGGCCAACCUCAAUACACAAACGGCCUACACCAUUCCAAUCCUGGCGUUCGCCUUUGUGUGCCACCCUGAGGUCCUCCCUAUCUACACAGAGCUGCGCAAUCCCACUAAGAAAAAGAUGCAGCACGUGUCCAAUAUUUCCAUUGCAGUCAUGUACGUCAUGUACUUCCUGGCAGCUCUGUUUGGAUACCUAACUUUCUACAACGAAGUGGAGGCAGAGCUGCUUCACACAUACAGCCGCAUCGACCCUUAUGACACUUUAAUCCUUUGUGUGCGUGUGGCUGUUCUCACUGCUGUCACACUCACAGUACCGAUCGUGCUCUUUCCUGUAAGGAGAGCGAUCCAGCAGAUGAUUUUCCCCAAUAAAACCUUCUACUGGCCUCGUCACAUUGCAAUUGCCAUCACUUUGCUCACCUUCAUCAACCUGCUGGUCAUCUUUGCCCCAAACAUCUUGGGCAUCUUUGGGGUUAUUGGUGCCACGUCCGCCCCCUGUCUCAUCUUCAUUUUCCCUGCUGUCUUCUACAUCCGAAUUGUACCCAAAGAAGAGGAGCCUCUGCGCUCGGUUCCAAAAAUCCUGGCCGCCUGUUUCGCUGGGAUCGGUUUCCUAUUUAUGAUAAUGAGCCUCAGCUUUAUCAUCAUUGACUGGACAUCGGGCAGCAGUAAAGCCAGCAGUGGUCAUUAGAAACCCUACUGUAUUUUUUUUUUUUUUUUUUUUUUUUGCUUUUUUUUUGUUUGUUUGGAUUUUUGUGUUGCAAUGUUACUAUUUUGAUGUCCAAUCACUGAUGUUUGAAGAUGCCCUUCCUUUUUUUUUUCUAAGAGAAUAUCUGCCACAGAGAUGAGAGUUUGGUUGGGGGUGCGGAGCGUCUCUCUCCUCUCGAAGCUCUUUGGUUCUGGUGGAGAUAAAUUGUACUGUAUAUCCUACCAAACAGUAACAGUGGAUCCAGGCCAGUGGAAGUGCUUGGGAAGUUUUACCAGUUAAUUUACUGAAGUGCCAGACGUGUGAUGAUUGGCGGCUGGAGUUUUGUGAGGAGAAAGUGGGAAAGCAAAGAUAAAGUGAGCUCCUGUCCCCGAAAGGAUCUUUAAUAUGAAAACUACAAAUUGACAUAGAUAUUUUUGAUCCGUCUCCUGUUUACCAGCUAAUGUAAAAUGAUUUAUAUAUAUUUUGUAGAGUUUCUGUACUUAGAAUUAAUUAUAUAAUUAUAUUUUUUCACAGCAGUUGCACUUUAAAAGUGCAAAAGACAAUUAUCGCUACAUUUUGGGCACUGCUUUUGCUUAUUACAUGAGAGAACUACAAGCACACUCGUUACCGAGGACAAAUACGUGGCCAAGUGAUUCAGCUGACAAAGCUCAAAAAAUGCGGCCUUUUCUUCAAGGUGAACAUUAAACUAACUCUUGCUGCUGCUCUUUAUUUUAUACCUUGAAGUUAUCAGCCUUCUCUCAUUUCCUCCUGUUGACCAGGGUGUUAAACGAAAAUGUAAAGCACAGUUACAUAUGUCCUAUCAGACAUAGUCUAAAAAGUGUAUUGUAUUGUUUUACUAGAUAAAAAAAAAAAGAAGAUAAUAAUAAAACUGAUUAGCUAGUUCUGGAUAACCCAGAAGGCACGUUUUGAAUUCUGCCAACAUAGCACAAUACAUGCCUAAACUGUGCAGGUAUUCCUUGUUUUCACUAAGAGGACAGGUAGAAAUGGUACUGAGGGCCUCGUCUGUCGGAUUGCUUAGCCCCAAAAAGACAACCGCAGUGCAGAGAAGACUGCUGAUGAUCAGGCCGUAUUAUCAGAUAAACGUGGGGGUUGGGCUCUUGGACGAUUUGAUGAACUGUUUUUAAUUAUUUGCUAGUCGUAAGAGGAGAUAACCAAACCGUACAGCGCCUUGCGAUAUUAUUCAUGCCCCUCGGGCUUCUAAACAUUUUGUCAAGUUGCAAUGUGAAAUAACAGCACAUUUUUUUCAAAUGAUUUUAUGGGAUAGACCAACACGCAGGGCACAUAGGUUUGAAGUGGAUGGAUGAGGAUGAAUGGUUUUCGAAAUGUUGACAACUAAAAAUCUUUUGCAUGCAUUCUUAUUCAUGAAUUUGGAGUCGAUACCUUAUCAAAUGAAUUACAGCUGCAAUAUGUUUUGGGGUUUGUCACAGCUAGAUUUAAACAUGCACAUGCUGAGAUUUGUUGUGGCUGUUCUUCU